CGCGGGCACGUCAUUCGCCGGUGGAAAAAAGGCGUUCGUCAUCUAGCACCAUCGCAACCGCGCAACAGACGUCUCCCAUCCGGCCAUCCCAUCAUCAAAGUGAAGUUCACCUCGGUUCGGACUUGAGAGUUCAGACUCCUCCCGGCUCCCGCAGCCGCAAGCGAAGCCGAAGGCCGAGGCCACCCACCCCCCUGCCCUGCCCUCCAUAUAUUAACGGGACGGCGGCAACGACAAAGCAUAGUAUACUAGCGCCCCCACUAGCCUAAGCCCCGAGCCUCCAAUCCGCCACCGGAGACCGGAGCAAGCGCGGCUAGCGAGCGAGGAGGAGAGCCCGGCGCGCAUGGCGGCGGCGGCGGGCAAUGUGGAGUUCAUCCGCGCGCGCAGCGACAAGCGGGAGUACCGCCGCCUGCUGCUCCCCAACGCGCUCGAGUGCCUCCUCAUCAGCGACGCCGACACCGACAAGGCGGCGGCGUGUAUGGAGGUCGGCGUGGGCUCGUUCAGCGACCCGGAGGGGCUCGAGGGCCUCGCGCACUUCCUCGAGCAUAUGCUGUUUUAUGCCAGCGAGAAAUACCCUGGAGAACAAGAUUAUACAAAAUAUAUCUCGGAGCACGGUGGUUCUUCCAACGCCUUUACAUCCUCCGAGACAACGAAUUUCUAUUUUGAUGUUAACACGGACAAUUUCGAAGAAGCCUUAGAUAGAUUUGCCCAGUUCUUCAUUAAGCCACUGAUGUCGCAGGAUGCUGUUCUUAGAGAGAUCAAGGCUGUUGAUUCUGAACACAAGAAAAAUCUGUUGUCAGAUGGCUGGAGAAUGCAUCAGCUUCAAAAGCAUCUGGCCUCAAAGGAUCAUCCUUACCAUAAAUUCAGUACGGGAAGUUGGGAAACACUGGAAACUAAACCAAAAGAGAGGGGUUUGGACAUCAGGCUUGAGCUUCUCAAGUUUUACGAGAAUUAUUCAGCAAAUCUGAUGCAUCUUGUUGUUUAUGGAAAAGAGAGUCUCGAUUGCAUUCAAAGCUUAGUUGAAAGCCUGUUUAGUCACGUCAAAAACACGGACCAGAGAAGCUUCAAAUGUCCAAGUCAGCCCCUUUCAGCUGAACAUUUACAGCUUCUUGUCAAAGCAAUCCCAAUAAUAGAAGGCGACUACCUAAAAAUAUCAUGGCCAGUUACACCUAACAUCCAGUUCUACAAAGAAGGUCCUUGCCGUUAUCUCAGUCAUCUUAUUGGGCAUGAAGGCGAGGGAUCCAUCUUCCAUAUUAUAAAGGAAUUAGGAUGGGCCAUGGAUUUGGUGGCUGGUGCCGGCAGUGACAGCAAUGAAUACUCUUUUUUCUCAGUAGGCAUGAGGCUCACUGAUGCUGGUCAUGACCACAUGGAGGAUAUUAUUGGGAUGGUCUUCAAAUACAUCCACCUAUUAAAAGAAGAUGGAAUCCAUGAAUGGAUAUUUGAUGAGCUUGCGUCAAUAAAUGAAACAGAAUUCCACUAUCAAGACAACGUCCAUCCAAUCAGCUAUGUCACAGCCACUGUCUCAAGCAUGCGGUUGUUCCCACCAGAGGAAUGGCUGGUUGGAGAAUCAUUGCCGUCAAAGUAUGCGCCAAAUAGAAUAAAUAUGAUACUUGAUGAAUUGUCACCCGAAAGAGUUAGAAUACUCUGUGAAUCUAAAAAGUUUGAAGGAUCUACCAAUUGUGCUGAGCCCUGGUACAAUACAUCAUAUUCUAUUGAAAAUGUCACUCCAUACAUGAUAAAGCAAUGGAUUCAAAAAGCUCCUACUGAGAAGCUUUAUCUCCCAAAGCCUAACAUUUUCGUUCCAAAGGAUUUAUCUCUUAAAGAAGUGCCAGACAAGGUUACAUUUCCGACAAUAUUAAGGAAGACGCCACUUUCACGGCUGUGGUAUAAGCCCGACAUGCUGUUCUUCACUCCGAAGGUUUACAUUAUAAUUGAUUUCCACUGCCCAUUGUCAAGCCACUCCCCCGAAGCAGCCGUAUCUACAAGUCUCUUUGUCGAUUUGUUAGUCGAUUACUUGAAUGCUUAUGCUUAUGAUGCUCAAAUUGCGGGUUUAUUCUUUUCGAUAUAUCUUACUUCUACUGGAUUCCAGGUGUCUGUAGGUGGUUACAAUGACAAGAUGAGAGUUCUGCUACAUGCCAUAAUGAAGCAAAUAGUGAACUUUGUAGUUAAACCAAACAGGUUUUCUGCCCUGAAGGAAACUUCUGUCAAGGACUACCAAAAUUUUAACUUCAGCCAACCAUACUCUCAAGCUUCGUAUUAUCUCUCAUUAAUAUUGGAAGAGAAAAAAUGGCCUUUGGUAGAGAAACUUCAAGCUCUUUCUAAGCUUGAGUCAGAUUCUCUUGCGAAGUUUGUGCCGCACUUGCUAUCGAAGACAUACUUGGAAUGCUAUGUUCAAGGAAACAUUGAGCCAGGUGAGGCUGAGUCUAUUGUCCAGGAGAUUGAAGAUACUAUAUUUAAUACCCCCAAUUCUGUAUUCAAACCCAUGUCUCCAUCACAAUACCUGGUCAAGAGGGUUAUCAUGCUUGAAAAAGAGAUAAAAUGCUGCUACCAAAUUGAAGGAUUAAAUCAGAAGAAUGAGAAUUCAUCGGUUGUCCAAUAUAUUCAGUGCAUCCAGGUCCAUCAGGACGACGCCCUCUCAAAUAUCAAACUCGAGUUGUUCUCUCUAAUUUCUAGUCAGCCUGCUUUCAACCAGCUGCGGACUGUUGAGCAACUUGGGUAUAUAACAUAUCUUUCUCUGAGAUCUGAUCGUGGAGUCUGGGCACUCGAGGUUGUUAUUCAAUCCACAGUGAAGGAUCCUUCAUAUCUUGAUUCUAGAAUUGAUGAAUUCUUUAAGACAUUCGAAAGCAAAAUCCAUGAACUGUCCGACAAGGAUUUCAAGAGAAAUGUCAAAUCACUUAUUGAUUCGAAACUGGAGAAAUUUAAAAACUUGUGGGAGGAAUCUGGGUUCUACUGGGGAGAGAUUGAAGCCGGAACUCUCAAGUUUGAUAGGGUUGAGUCUGAGGUUGCUCUCCUAAGAGAGCUCAAGAAAGAAGAAUUCAUCGAAUUCUUCGACGAGUACAUAAAGGUGGACGCCCCUCAAAGGAGGACAGUAAGCGUGCAGGUCUUCAGUGGCAACCAUUUGGCAGAGUUCAAGAAGGCGAUUGCCGAGGCUGAUCCGCCCAAAACCUGCCGGAUUACCGACAUAUUCGGCUUCAAGCGAUCAAGGCCUCUGCACCGCUCGCUGAAGGGAGGUCCAGGCCUGAUCACAAUGGACUGACAUACUACAUGUUCUUUGUUUGCUGUAGUGUAGUACAUAGUCUGUCACCACACUCAUGAACCCAAUUUUGAUUGAUUUCUCAAUGGUCGCACACGAUUGCACAAUGCUGUUCUUCAUGUAUGGAGUAACCAUGUGAUGCUAUUUUCAGAACAAAUGUACCAGCUUAUAGAAAUUAAACAUGCAUUGCUACUU